CACUACAAAUGGAGUUUUACAGAAAAAGAGAUGGCAGAAGGGGAGAAGAAGGUGAUGGUUGCAGUGGAUGACAGUGAGUGUAACCGCUAUGCUUUUGAGUGGUUUUUGGAGAACCUCCUCCCGUCUCUCUCUACUCAGCUUUAUGUGUUUCACGUCGAACCCCUUGAUAAUAUCAGUUAUGCCUAUGCAGCUUCUCUUGGAGCAGCGCCCCCUCAAUUGAUUGAGGCUCUUCAAGAUCAGCAGAGGAAGAUUACAAAGGUGCUUGUUGAUAAAAUCAAGGAGAUCUGCACUAAGAGGAGUAUCACUGCUGAGAUAAUCACUGUAAGAGGAGAGCCUAAAGACGCCAUAUGUGAAGCUGUUGAGAAAUAUCAAAUUGAACUGCUAGUUUUGGGUAGCCAUGGCCGAGGAGCUUUACAAAGGGCUUUCUUGGGGAGUGUGAGCAAUUACUGUGUACACCAUGCUAAAUGCCCUGUUUUGGUUGUGAAGAAACCAAAACAAACAAGUGGGGCAAGUUAAUAUAUUAAGGUUUGUAAAUCUCUUGUAAAUAUGACAUUGUUUCUCUGAUGGGAGGCGUGUUAUGAAAUAAGUGCCUUAUGGUCAUUUUCUUCAAAUAAAAAGUUGUUUGCUUCAAAUAAAAAAUUGUGUAAAUCUUAUAUAUGAUGUUUAUGAAAG